AACCUAUUGCCAUUAGCACUACUCUCAUUUCCUCUUUGGUAACGUGUGUUGUGUGUUCUUGCAUUGUAUUAAUACAAAUACAAAAUGAAAAUUAAAAAGAAAUCUAAUGCAGUGAGAGUUCCGCCUCUUAAAAAAUCUAUAAAAGUUAAACGUAAAUCAUCAGAUAUAAAAGAGGAAUCAACUGUAUCUAAAGCGAUAGAAAAUGUUAAAAAAUUGUUGGAGAAGAAAAAUGUUAAAGCAACAAAUACUCCAAAAACUAUUUCGUUUCCAAAACCUGAAAAAUCGCACAAAAUUAUUAAAGUCAGAAGGAGAAAAAGAAGGCCUCAAAUAAGAUAUCGAAGAGGUAUAGUGUAUUUAGGUCAUAUACCUCAUGGUUUUUACGAAGAACAAAUGACAGAGUAUUUUACACAAUUUGGCAAUGUAACUAGAGUACGAGUUGUUCGAUCAAGUAAUACUGGUAGAAGUCGUGGCUAUGGAUACGUGGAAUUCAUGUACCCUGAAGUUGCAAAAGUAGCUGCGGAAACAAUGAAUAACUAUCUUAUGUAUGGAAGAUUAUUAAAAGCUACAUAUAUUCCACCUGGGAAACAACACAAUGGCUUUUUUGCUGGUAAAACAUGGACAACAAAAAUUUAUCCUAAAGUAAUAAAUAGAAAUAAAGUUACUAAAAUAAGAAACGAAGGUAUCCAAAAGCAGAGGCAUAUAAGUUUCGAACAAAGUACAAGGGAUAAAUUAUCUGCUUUAGAAAAGAAAUUAAAAGAAAAAGGUUUUGAUAUGAAUUUUGUACCGAUAGAUUCUUCUAAACAAUGUUAAGUAAAUUUUUUAUUAAACACAAUAAUGUACAAAUGUUAUAAUUAAGUACUAUGGAGAUAUCGAAUACCUUUUUGAUUACAUGAUUUUACUUAAUUUACUAUUUACAUUGGACAUUGUAUAAGAUGUUUAAAAUUAAAAAAAAUAAU